GCUGUAUUCCUAAGAAACUCUUACUCUUUACUCUGUUGUCAAAGAGUAAACUCUUUGACGAUAAGAGUUAACAUUUUUUGUAACCAUCAUUUACUUCUUAAAAAGGUGCAAAAGGAGGAGAUUUGUUGAUAAUCAAACAGGAUUUGUUGAUUUCUGUUUAAUAUGAACCUAAAAUGGACUUGGAUUUUUUGUAUAAUCCUUGUGAUAACCAAUUUUCCCACCAACACACAGACUGCCGAUGAUGAUUACCAGAUCGGAGUUGGUAUUGCCGACAUAACUGGACCAGCAGCAGAGAUUAAUAUGAUGGGUUAUGCCAAAGGUGGACAAGAUACAGCUGGGAUACAUUUCCGAUUGUACAGUCGUGCUUUUAUCAUCGUUGAUCAACUAGGAUCUCGAGUCUGUUACGUAAAUACAGAUCUUGCCAUGAUAUCACAAGCAGUGCAUAAUGAGGUUAUCAGGCAAAUUGAAGACAAAUAUCCUGGUAUUUACUCGAGAAAAAACACAUUACUUGGUGCAACUCACACUCAUUCCGGUCCAGGCGGAUUCUUGCAAUAUGUGCUCUACAUUAUUUCAUCUCAAGGGUUUAUUUGGCAAAAUUUCAACGCAAUAGUUUCUGGUAUCGUUAGGAGUAUAGAAAGAGCUCACAAUAAUCUUCAACAUGGUAAAAUACUUUACAAUCGUGGUGAAUUGUUGGAUUCCAACAUCAAUCGAAGUCCAGCAUCGUACAUGAAUAAUCCACUGAAUGAAAGGAGAAGAUACAAAUAUGAUACGGAUAAAACAAUGGAAAUUUUGAAAUUUGUUUCUCGAACUGAUGAGCCUAUUGGUCUAUUAGAUUGGUUUGCUGUUCAUCCGACAAGCAUGAACAAUACUAAUAGAUUAAUCAGCGGUGAUAAUAAAGGAUAUGCUGAAUACUGUUUUGAAAAAAUGAUGAAUCCAAACUCAUUACCCGGUGAAGGUCCAUUCGUUGCUGCGUUUGCUAAUUCAAACCAAGGAGAUGUUUCACCUAAUAUCAAAGGACCUAGAUGUACAAAUUCAGGAGCACCUUGUGACAUUGAAACAAGCACAUGUAAUGAUGUACCCGAGAAUUUAAAUUAUCGACUCCGGCCAUUAAACAACCCUCCAAAUCAAUUCGAAGCCAUGGAAAAUAAUAAAUUAUCAAGAAAUGAUUUAAGAAGGUAUGAAAAUGCAGGAUCAGAAGCUUUGUUACGUCGUAGGCCUCGCGAUGCUCGUGAUAAUUUAGAAGGAGAUUUAACUAAUAGUACACACGGCAAUGAACCCAAGCCUCCAACUGAAAAAGGUGUUUGUAUUGCUUCUGGACCAGGACAUGACAUGUUCGAAUCUACUAAAAUAAUUGGUGAAAGGCAAUGUAAAAAAGCUAAAGAACUAUGGGACUCGGCUAAUACUGUAAUUAAAGGUUCAGUUGAAUUUAUACAACAAUAUGUUGACAUGUCCAAUGUUGUGGUUGUUCUGGCUGAUAACAAAACAGCGAGAACAUGUCCACCCGCUAUGGGCUACAGUUUUGCUGCCGGCACAACUGAUGGACCAGGUGCUUUUAAUUUUCAUCAAGGUUCGACACAGUCAACUCCAUUUUGGAAUUUCGUCCGUGAUUUCCUUAAAAGACCAAGUCCAGCAAUGCUUGCCUGUCAUCACCCCAAACCCAUAUUAUUGGAUACUGGUGAAAUGUUGUUCCCUUAUUCCUGGCAGCCCUCAAUCUUACCUGUUCAACUGCUCAAGAUUGGACAAGUGUUGAUUGUUGGUUUACCUGCUGAAUUUACCACCAUGGCUGGUAGACGUGUUCGUGAAACUGUCAAAAAAGAGUAUGAAAAAUUUAAACCAGGUUCAAAUGUAAUUGUAAUUAUUGCUGGACUUGCCAAUGCUUAUUCAUCUUAUGUAACUACAAUUGAAGAGUACAUAAAACAACGUUAUGAAGCAGCAUCAACCAUUUUCGGACCAUAUACUUUAGACGCUUAUCUACAAGAGUUACGUAUGUUAACAGGACAUUUAGCUUCUCGGAAAGAAGUCGAACAUGGACCCUCACCGCCCAACUUACUGAGUAAACAAAUUUCAUUCAAACCAGGAGUUGUUAUGGACUCUGCAGGUCGUGGUAAAAAUUUUGGUGAUGUUAUUGUUCAACCCAACUUGCGAUAUUCUCGUGGAUCAACAGUAACCGUUUCUUUCGUUGCCGCUAAUCCAAGAAAUGAUUUGCAAACAGAGAAAACCUAUUUGACUGUUGAAAAAUUAGAUUCAGAUAAACAAGAAUGGAAAGUUAUUGCGACAGACGGAGAUUGGGAUACAAAAUUCUACUGGCUUAGAACAAACAGAAUUCUUGGUGAAAGCGAAGCAAUCAUAACAUGGGAUAUUCCUAAAGAUGCUGACCCUGGUGUUUACCGCAUUAGGCAUUUUGGUGUUUCCAAAAAUUUAUUACAAAGAUUACACCCUUACGUUGGAAUCUCUAAUUCUUUCAAGGUUGAUCCCUAACCUAAAUAAUUAUUUUUAUUGUUAAAUCUAGUCACAAUUUUUAUAAUUUGAAUAAUAAAAUGAUUAAUCAAUUUACCUAUUCUCUCAAAAUAAAACCCAUUUUGUAACAAUA